AUGGUAGAAGGAAGUACCUCUUUUAGAGGUAAUGUUUCUUCAUCUGACAGCUCCUCACUAGCGGAUAGACAGGCUGUGCAUGAAUUGCAUAAAGGCGACGAAGUGGCUAUUUCCGAAAAUUUCGCCAAGAGCUCCGAGGGCCAACCGGAAGGCCAAUUGAGAAGACAAUUUUCAAUCUGGUCGAUCUUGGGGGUCGGUUUUGGACUCACCAACUCGUGGUUCGGGAUUUCGGCGUCCAUGGUGACGGGUAUCUCGUCCGGUGGACCCAUGAUGAUCGUUUACGGUAUCAUAAUCAUCGCACUGAUCUCCGUUUGCAUCGCCGUGUCUCUCGGGGAACUGUCGUCGGCGUAUCCACACGCUGGCGGGCAAUUCUGGUGGUCCUUGAAGCUGGCUCCGCCCAAAUACAAAAGAUUUGCUGCCUACAUGUGCGGAUCUCUGGCUUAUGCAGGCUCCGUCUUCACCAGUGCGUCAACAACGCUUUCCGUGGCCACCGAAGUGGUGGGUAUGUAUGCACUUGCACAUCCAGACUUCACUGUUAAAAGAUGGCACGUUUUUGUGUGUUUCGAAUGUCUGCACCUGUUUUUGAUGAUGUUCAACUGCUACGGAAGAUCGCUACCCUUCAUCUCCUCCAGUGCUCUGUACAUCUCUCUUUUUUCCUUCGCAACAAUCACAAUCACUGUGCUGGCAUGCUCGCACGGUAACUACAAUGAUGCUAAAUUUGUUUUUGCUACAUUUUUCAAUGAGACCGGAUGGAAAAACAGUGGAAUCGCCUUCAUUGUGGGGCUGAUCAACCCGGCUUGGUCCUUUUCUUGUCUCGACUGUGCCACUCACAUGGCGUUCGAAGUUGAAAAACCCGAGCGUGUUAUCCCCAUCGCCAUCUUGGGAACGGUGGCGAUUGGAUUUGGUACCUCAUUCUGCUAUGUUAUUGCCAUGUUUUUCUCUCUGCAUAAACUCGACGAUAUAACCAGUUCCAACACAGGAGCUCCGAUUUUGGACAUCUACUUCCAAGCUCUGGGGAACAAAGCCGGCGCUCUGGUGCUAGGUUCGUUAGUUCUGCUCACUUCGUUUGGUUGCGUUAUUGCAUGCCACACAUGGCAAGCAAGAUUGUGCUGGUCUUUUGCCAGAGACGAGGGUCUACCUUUCUCGAACUUCAUGGCCAAAAUUAACCCUCAGCUAGGAAUUCCGCUGAACGCUCACUUAGUGUCUUCUUUCUUCAUCGUACUGUUGGGUGUGCUAUACUUGGCAUCAACGACAGCGUUCAACUCGCUCAUCACUGGCUGCAUCAUGUUUUUACUGCUCUCUUACAUUGUUCCUGUGAUUUGCCUGCUUAUCAAGAAGCGUGAUAUCAAGCACGGUCCAUUCUGGCUGGGCAAGUUUGGUUUAUUCUGCAACAUUGUACUUCUGGGUUGGACGCUCUUCUCUCUAAUAUUUUUCUGUUUCCCCUUCGUGAUGCCUGUUGAAAAGGACAACAUGAACUACGCUUCCGUGGUUAUUGUGGGGUACUUACUAUUUUCUUUGUUGUACUGGGUUUUCAAAGGACGGAAGGUUUUCCACAUCGUUGAAGAGGAAGACUUUGGUUCUGAGGAUCCCUAUCUAAUGGAAUAA